CAGUCCCCCUUAGGAAAUACUUUCCUGACGCUCUCGCUUUUCCUUUGCAAUUAUAAACGUCAGUAGUAAUUAUUCUUCUAGGGAGAUUGCAGCUAAAAGUUGAUUCAAAUAGUACUGUUCUUCGUAUUAGGGAAGUUUACAUUGAGAAAUUGCUGAAUCCUUGGAACUCAUUUACAUUCUAGUAUCAUUCACUUCCAACUCAAAACAGAACGAUGGCUACUUUAACAGUUCGCAUAAUUCGAAAUUUUGAAUAUCGUACACUUAAAAAUGUGGUCUUUCAUGGUAUUGAUCUCGCUACAACUACUGUUGGCCAGCUCAAGAAGAUAAUCCAAGAUCGAAUUCAAACAGAUCCUGCGCUUAAGAUUUAUCGGACCACCAAGUUUGACACGUUGAAAAUUUAUGUGAAAGCUCAACAGCACAAGACGCAAAACUUAGCCAUUAACUUGGAUCAUGAUGAUUGGGUUCUCACAGACGAUCACCAAACUUUGGCUUUUUGCGGAAUUGAAAACGAAACUGAACUUUCCUACUUUAAUUUGGAUGCCUACCGUGCGUACCAAGAGAACCCCGUUCAAAAAUGGAUGUAAAGAAACAAGCGGCCAAUGGAAUUCUGUUGUCCACCAUGAAAACGAACGUAAAUGUUCGUAUGCUUGGAUCCUUCUGUUUCUGCCAUCCUUAAUUCUAACGAAACGCAAAAUGAUCCUGUAAAUCUCUUAUUUUCGGAAUAUUUAGAGUUCACAGAAUCGCUUUCCUAGAAAUCAACCUUUUAUCACUCAGUUCAUUUCGUCUACCAACCAAAAAAAAUAGGACAAUAGUAUAAUAAAUAUAAAAGGUAAUAGACCUUCUCAUUCCGUCUAUUUCAUCUCAUACAGUCAUUCUCUUUCCUCUCAAUCUUACUACUAAUUAUGUAUUCCACUUCACUGUCGCCCAUACAAACAGACCCUUCACUUGUUCGUUCUCCAGAACACUGUCGAGCUUCACGAAAAAAAAAAAUAAAAA